ACUUGCUCAAAGUUUCGCAAAAGAUUUGACCAGACCAAGCACCCCAUCAUCAUAUAUAUACACACACAAUUUCCACACUCUCAUCCACACUCAAUAAUCCUAUUUCUCUCUCUCUCGAAAAACCUAUCGAUUUAACUCUCAAAUUAAAUUAAAAAUUGUUCUGCUUAAUCGAAAGUUUUCAUGGCGUUUUGUGACGAAGUUUCGGCCAUUGAACGAAUCAGAAUGCAUCUCUUGGGAGAAUUUGAAUUCGAACUCGAAUUCGAGAGCUCAGCCAGCAGCAGCAGCAGCUCCGAAUCUGGCUCCCCCGAUUCGGAGCUGUUCGCCGCCCAAUACGUCUUUGAUUUUGAUCGGAAUCAGAAGCUCGGAUCGCCGCCGCCGCCGGCCAAGAGGCUCGAGUGGAUCGAGUUCGGGAGCGGUAAUUCGAGUGAUGAUGGGGCGGCGGCGGUGGCGGAGGAGCAGCAGCACUACAGAGGGGUGAGGCGGCGGCCGUGGGGCAAGUACGCGGCGGAGAUACGUGACCCGAAGCGGCGCGGAUCGAGGGUGUGGCUGGGGACGUUCGACACGGCGGCGGAGGCGGCCAGGGCUUAUGAUAGGGCGGCGUUCAGGAUGCGGGGAAGCAAGGCGAUCCUCAACUUCCCGCUGGAGAUUCAGCGGGAGCGCGAGGCAGCUGCUGCUGGCGGCGGAGGGAAGCGGCGGAGAGAGGAGGAGUUGGAGCUCAGACAGCAGAAGAUGGUGAAAUGUGAGACGGCGGAGUGGGAAUGGGCGGCGCCUCUUACGCCCUUGUGUUGGUAUCUCCCCACACACACCUCCUAGGUGUCACACGUAUCUCUCGUAUCAUAUGUUUAGUUUGUCUUCUUCUUCAUUUUUUUUCUUUUUCUUUUUCUUUUUUAGUAGGAAGUUUAUGUUCAACAUAUAUAUAUUCAAUGGAACAUGGUGAAAAAUAUAUAUUUUCAAUAAUUUAAGUAAUAUUCCAUAGUUCUUUAAUAUGAUGAAAAAAAAUGUUUGCAUA